UUCAAAAAAUACAUUUAAAAAAUAAUUAAAUUAAAUAUUGUAAUUAAAAAUAAAAUGAUUAAAUUAUUGUUAAAUAUCAGUUUACUUCUUAUUAUAGUAUCAAUGAAUAUGGGCCAUUUAGAUGCAGAUGUUUGUACCCCUGAUAUUGAAGCAAAAUGUCAACGUCUAUACUGUGUUAACCCGGGAUGUGUUGAUGGCAAGUGUCGUUGUGGUGUAGGUAUUUGUACCCCUGAACUUGAAAAACAAUGUAAAACUUUAAGAUGUGUUAACCCGGGUUGUGUUAAUGGACAGUGUCGUUGUGGUGUAGGCAAUAAUGUUUGUACCCCUGAUAUAGAAGCAAAAUGUCAACAUCUAAAAUGUUUUAACCCGGGAUGUGUUGAUGGCCAGUGUCGCUGUGGUGUAGGUAUUUGUACCCUUGAAUUGGAUAAAAAAUGUCAAAUGCAGCGCUGUUUUAGACCCGGGUGUGUCAAUGGCCAAUGUCGAUGUGGUGUAGGAUCUCUAGGUUUUUGUACAGCUGAUCUUAUAGCUCAAUGUAAACUAAUGAAAUGUAUUAACCCCGGGUGUGUCAAUGGUCAGUGUAGGUGUGGUGUAGAUCUCACAGCAACACAAUAAGCAACAUAUUAUUGUAAUUUUUUAAAAUAAUUUAUGAUAAAUUUUAAUGUGUUUUUUUUUGUUAUAAUAUUAAUGUAAUGAUUAUUUUAACAGAAAUUUUA